GGCCACCACUUGGUAUAAAACCAUCCAUGGCCCGACUGACGCUGCCGCUCCAAUCCUUCUAGCGAUCAUCCUCUUCUUGCUUGCUGUCUUUUUCUCGUCGCUCAUUGAAUUAGCUGCUGAAGGGGAACAGAGCAUCCCAUUUCUCUCGCUCAUUUCUGCAUGCAACUCGAGACCGCAGCCGUUCGUUUUGCCCUGCCAAGCCAUUGAGCUACCGCAGUUGCUUGACCUUAGCUCGAUUCGCCACCUUGUCUAACGGUUGCCGGUCUGAACAAUCGGGAUAAUAGAUAGGAUCAGAGAAGAAGGGAGAUUGAGAGAGAGAAAAUAAAAGAAAAAUCUGUUGGUGUUAAAGGGAAACAACCGACAGCAUGGCAGACGCUGAAGAACCCCAGUUCAACACGCUGGCAGAGCGGAUAGCUGCGUUGAACAAGCAGAAGAACUUCAGCAGCGUUGGCACCCCUGAAGCUGCUCGCAAGAAACCGCCGCCGCCUCCUCCUCCUGGACGCCCUUCUGCUGAAGCCCAAGGCCGGAGCCAAACUGCUCCCGUCGUGACUAUCAACGGCUCGGCACAUGAGACUGCACCCCGCGCACCCCCGAGACCCAAGCCAAAUGCCGAUGCACCGCCCCCCCUCCCUCGUCGGAAUACCCAGAAUGCUGCAGAUGCUUCUGGCCCUCCACCUUUGCCGGCGAGGACUGGAUCUUACCAGGCGUCGCCUGCACUACCGCCACGGCGAACGUCGACGAUUACGGUCCCCAAGCCCUCAGGACGACGCAACUCUGCGUCAUCUGAAGCAUCGAUGCAGUCUACCAUGUCAUCUCUGUCAUUGACUAAGACGAUUUCUUCUACCACGAGCAAUGGAUCCAACGGCACGGUCGUGCAUAAGCUGCCACCCGUAACGGACAUGGCUGACCUGCCCCCUUUGCCACCCACGAGGCGAGAAUUGGAAGCAAAGGCGAAGGAGGAGGCUGCAGCGAGGCAAGCCGCCGCCAGAGAGGCCAGAGAGGCCAGACCCGGUCUCCCCCCUAGACAACCAUCGAGACCAGUCAGGCCCCAGGCUUCUGCAAGCACUGAGUCCGUGCCGAGACCGACACCGAAGCCUGCCCCUGUGACUGUUCAAAUCCGUGGCUUUGGGACUGGGUCUCGAACAGAGCAGGCCCCACGAAUGCCACCGAGGCCCAAGAUUGAUGCCGCUGCCGAUGACGCUCCGCCUCCUAUCCCAAUGGCCUCUCGGCCCUCUGUCGCCCAGAUUCAAGCCAUCUCAUCUCGAGCGUCACCAGCCCCUCCCGCUGUGGCCAACGAUUGCUGGGUAUGCAGAGAUUGGAGUGGACCUGAUGCUGUCGCCGCCCAGUACCCCAGAGAGGGACUGCCCCGGAAUGACCCCGUUGGAUAUCUUGCCCGCGCACUAUGUGAUCCGUUCCCCUCAUAUAACGACAAGGCAAGAGCCAUCUUCACAUGGUUCCACCACAACAUUGCGUAUGAUACCCAAGCCUUCUUCAGCGGCAAUAUCAGGGGGCAAACGCCUGAAAACACCAUACUAUACGGCGCAGCCGUUUGUCAAGGAUAUGCGGAGACGUACAAGGCGAUCGCCAACAAGGCCGGCCUGGAGUGCAUCGUUGUUGGCGGUCAUGGCAAAGGCUAUGGAUAUACUCCUCUGAAAAAGGGAGAAAGACCGCCGCCUGCUGACCCGAGCGGGCACGCAUGGAAUGCCGUCAGGGUUGAUGGCGGUGUUUGGCGGCUGCUCGACGCCUGCUGGGGAGCUGGCCACAUCUGCGGAAAUAACAACUUGUUCAAGAAAGAAUUCAGCCCAGUUCAGUUUACAAACAGCGGUCACCGCUUUGGUAAUACUCAUUUCCCUUCUGAUGGUAGGCACCAAUUCCGAGAGGAUGGCCGUACUAUCACUUGGGACGAAUAUAUCAUUGGCCGUUCUCAGGGUCCGCCAGUGGAAGUAUUUGGCAACUGUGGCCAAGAGGGCAUUGCCGAAGAUUCAAUCGAGCCUGCGUCGAAGGAAAUAUCUGUAUACAGUGGCGAGAUUGUUCGCUUCCAGUUCUCAAAAAUAUGCGAGCACUGGAAAUCAGAAAAGAAUGGCCGUGGAAAGCCUCCUUUGUUCCUGCUACAGUUCCACGGCGUCGAUGGCCGCAAAGACGACAUCAUCCCGAUUGAGACAGAUGGCUUCUGGCACUGGGCUGAUGUUAAUGCUCGCGACCUUGGUGCUCCAGGCCAGUCGGUGAUGGUGCUGCAGCUGACAUCUAUGGAUGGCCAAGACGCACGGGGCGUGACCGCUCAACAGUUUCUCUCCAAGAAGGGCAAAGUUGGAAUGGCUUGGGCUUAUGUUGCCAAGUGGGAAUUGGUUUAAAAGAGUUGGGAUUUUCUUUUUACGAAACUGCUGUUGCAAAGUGUUUGAACAGCCAAACAAACAAAACAAUUAUUAAAAAAAUUGGCCAUGAUAUGCUUUAGAUGAGGGACAUAUAUGCUCACGGCGACAGCCGUUGAUACCCUGGUUUUUAACACGCAAAGAACUGCGCCGUAACAUAUAGCACUGGUAUUUGAGCUUAUUAUUUGAGCUUGAGUCUUUUUGAAUUUGCAGUUGAUCUAGGCAAAGACGAACGACGUCUUGGUAAUGGUAUUAUAUACACAGAAGGGAAUGGCACCUGGGAAGGCUUGAGCCGCUCAUUGCCAGGGUUAAUAUUAUGAAUUUUUACGACUAUAAUUCAAGAUCAAGGAAUUGACCAAAUUGAAGACUUC